UCUCUUCUAGUUUGGUCGGAAAGCACCGCGAACUACGCGCUGAUCGCGAUAAAGAACACGUUAGAGUUCAUUGAAAUUUGGCCGUAUUGUUUUAUCCUGUCAUUCUGCAGAAGUUUUGAAAAGCGCCUUUAAAGCAGAAGGGUUAUUGUACAUUUAUUUUUUGGAACGGACAUACAGAUCUUUGUACUGGUUUUGUAAUAACUCAUCGAGUGAUAGAGGGCUGAAGCGCGGUGGCACAGUGGCUAAUGCGGCCUAAAGUUGGCAUGCAUUUGCCCUUGUGGAGAUGACUUCUGGUCCAUGCUUGGAUGGGUUGUCGCUGGCGCUGUCCCAGAUUAGCUGCUUGAUUAUCGACCUAUCUAAAAAAAACUUCAAAAGUAAUGUAUCAGAUUUGAAAAACCUUAUUCAUAAAUUUGGAACUGAGGCUGAACGACAUUUGCUUCGGUGUUUGUUUUCGUAUGUUGACUUAACUUUUGAGAAGGGUGGAAAUAAGGACACACCACAGAUUACAUUACUCAUUCAAGAAUUUCAAGAGCUUCUUAUUCAUCCAAAUUUUGUGUCACUCAUUUGCUACUGUUUUGAUCAUAUUGAUAUUUUGAAGAAGCCUAACAUCCUGACACCAAAUUUGUUGAGUAAUUUGGGUAGACUUUUGAAGUUGACAAAAGUUCAAGAAGUUGUUUUUGGUAUUGCACUGCAAAGUUGUGGAACUCAAGACUUGCGAUUUCUAGGUGAUCAAUUUGUAAAGCAGAAGCUCCCAGAUCUAUUGAAAUCCUAUAUUGAAUCAGACAUUGGUAGUAGCCAAGAAGCAAUUGGUCUCAGCGACGUUGCGAUUGAAGUUCUUCACUUGCUGUUGACCUACUUGAAUAACUGUCAAAAGACUGAUCUGAACAUUAAGCCAGAAGACGAAGCUGCUUUUCUUGAUUCCUUAAGGAGAGAUUUCCCUAAAGAAAGGGUGCCAGUGGUUUUAUCGCCCCUUCUUUACAAGGAGGAAGGCGACAAGGACGAAUUCAGUUACAGAAUUAACCUGGACCCAGGAACAAUGCCACGAACAGGGGCGGAUAUAAAGUUGUGCGACAUAAUGGAGGAGUUAGGCUAUAGCUGUUGCAGAAGCCAUGAUGAGUGCAAAGAAGCUCUUACUAGAUAUGGUGUCGCAAACAUCAACUCGCAGUGUGUCGCAAGGGUGCUAGGCAUGAUGGGUAAGACGGUCAGCGGUCUAGAAGGAAACGGCACUUUACAGGCUGCUGCUGGAGGCUAUAAAAGAUUUGAAGAUCAAGGUCCUAGCCCUGCGUCGUGGAAUGUAGAGGUUUUUGUCGAUACAGUCAAAGAUAUUCUUCCGUCUUUAAACUGGAGACAAGUUAUUCUCGAUCUAGACUUUCCAGGUUUUUUGAUAAAAACACCAGAUGCCAUACGACUAAUUCUUCAUGCAUUUAUGAGAGCAACUGGUGAUGUUUUUCCGGUAGAGGCCAUUUACAAAUCAUGGAAUAACACUUAUGGACAGCUGACUUGGAUCGAAAACAGCUUGAGUGACCCACAUGCAUUUUGUUUCGCUGAUUACCAAUGCCGACUAGUGAAAGUUGAGAUUUUGAAGUCUCCUCCAGAUGAUUCAAACAAAGAAAUAAUGACUUGGAGGUCUUUAGAGCUAAUGGAAACUUUGCUUCGCCUCUCAGAAGUUGGACACUAUGAAGCAGUUCUGAAACUGUUUGCUUUUCCUGUUAAAAAUUGUCCAGAUCUUCUACUGCUUGCCCUCCUCCAAGUGAAUACAACAUGGCAUACAUUGAGGAACGACCUUGUAUCUAUGCUAAUGCCAUUGUUUCUUGGCAAUCACCCCAAUUCAAUGAGUGUUUUGCACUACGCAUGGAAUGGCCAGGGGCAGAGUCACACCAUUCGCCACUUGGUAAUGCAGGCCAUGGCAGAUUGGUACCUGAAAGCAGAUGCUAAAAAUGAUCAAGUUGAGCAACAAACAAAACUUUCUAGAAUUCUCGAUGUUGCUCAGGAUCUUAAGGCCUUGUCCAUGCUUCUGAAUUCAACGCCGUUUUCUUUCGUUAUUGAUCUUGCUGCUUUGGCAUCGAGGCGAGAGUACCUCAAGCUUGACAAGUGGCUCAACGACAAGUACAGAGAACAUAAAGAGCAAUUUGCAAACGCACUGGUGAAUUUUUUAAAGCGAAGAUGCCCUAAUCUUAUCGGCAUAAAUCCUGAUAAGGAUAUCCCAAAAGCUGUUCAAUUGCCAGCAGAGACAGUAACAACGAUGUUAGCCUGCUUACAGCCGCAAGUCAGUGUGUUAACUCCAGAGAUUGCCGCAACUUUCAAGAUAAUGGUUGCCAAUCAUGGUCUGCCACAAAAGCCAAGACCAAACCCUCUUACCAUGCCUGUUAAGAGACCUGGGCAUGACAGUGGACUCUCUACUCCACCGCUUAGCGGUGUUCAAACGGACCCAUUCACUUUCGGUGUCUCGGGACAGACUAGUUCGCAGAUGGGAGGUUUUGGUGCUCACCCUUUAGCCGGAACAGCACUUGGGGCAUCUUCAACAUUUGGCGGUCUCGGUAGUCUAACAUCGGCAAUACAGCCCCCAAAGCCUUCUCAAAGUGGUAACACUCUGCUAUCUGGUUCAAAUGGAAUUCAGGCGUCGAGUGGAUUCAGUGGGGGAAGCAUUGGUUCGUCAUCUUUUUCAACACAAACAAGUUUUAUUCAUCAGCUUCAACAAGGAUCAGCUUCUCAGAGUGGAGGUUUGAUUAAUGGCAACACUGUCGAUAACUUGCAGUCACUAGCUUCAUCAUUAAAUUCGGUCGGUUCAUUGAAGCGAGGACCUCUGGGCUCUGCUUCCUUAGGCGGAUUUACUUCCUACCAACAGCAGCAGCAGCAGCAGCAGCAGCAACAACAACAACAACAACAGAUGACUUCUUCGACCCAGAACAGACAGCAUGUUGAGAGGUUGAAGCAAGUUGCAAUCGGGGAUUUGUCUGCUGUGUUUCCUGGAAUGGAUCAAAACUUUUCCAAAGAAAUUGAAGAUGAGUCCAAUACGUAUUUCCAAAGAAUUUACAAUCAGCCACCAGGGACGGCGAUAUCUAUUGAUGAAGUGCUUGAUAUGCUUAAGAGAUUCAAAGAUUCGUCUAUUAAGAAAGAACGGGAUGUUUUCAUUUGUAUGCUGAGAAAUGUGUUUGAAGAGUACAGGUUUUUUCCGCAUUAUCCAGACAAAGAGUUGCGCAUUACAGCAUGUUUGUUUGGUGGAAUAAUCGAACAAGGCUUAGUUACGUAUAUGGCAUUGGGAGUGGCACUGCGAUAUGUUUUGGAAGCUCUGCGUAAAACUCCAGGCAGCAAAAUGUACAUGUUUGGAACAACUGCCCUUGACAGAUUUAAGACAAGACUUAAAGACUAUCCACAUUACUGCCAGCACCUUGCUUCCAUACCUCAUUUCAAAGAAUUUCCACCCCAUCUAGUCGAUUACAUUGUUUUUGGCCAAAGAAAUCAGGAGCCUCCGAGUGCUACGAGGACCGGUCAAUCUGAAUCACCUUUAUUCGGUGGACGUCCUCUUUCAUCAACUGGCAGAUUGUCGAGUUUUUCAUCAAGUUCUCCAACGCCGAGCCAAUCAAGUACGCUGCUGACGUCAGCCUUUUCAACUUCGAUUGCUUCUGUCUCAACUCCUAUUUCUCCAAUCUCGAGUGCCAUUUCAAGUAUGGCAAUAACAAGAACUAAUACCACGAUCUCGGCUACAGCUUCAAGCGAAACAACUUCUACAAGUAACACAUCUGCCGCCAUCAGCAGGAAAGAGCCUUCUAUUGCCAAUACAACCAAUAUUGAUACACUUCUUGGAGCAACUGAACCUGCUGAAAUCAAACAGCCCCCAGAUUCAAUACAAGACAAAAUCCAUUUCAUCUUCAACAACAUUUCAAACAGCAAUCUAACUCAAAAGGCGGAAGAGCUCUCACAGUUGAUUCAGCAAGAAUACUACCCGUGGCUGGCACAGUAUUUUGUUAUGAAAAGAGUCAGCAUUGAGCCAAAUUUCCAUCAACUCUACACUGAUUUUUUGAAAGCAAUUGAUAUUGGUGAUCUAUCGAAGCAAGUGAUCCAUGAGACAUUCAGAAACAUUAAGGUACUUUUGCGGUCGGAUAAAGGCCCUGCAAACUUUUCUGACAGAUCUCUGUUAAAAAAUCUUGGCCACUGGCUGGGAAUGCAGUCCCUUGCUUCUGAUAAACCUAUUUUGUACGAGGAUCUUGAGGUCAAAUCUCUUCUAAUCGAAGCAUUUUUCAAGGGACAACAGGAGCUUUUGUAUGUCGUGCCUUUUGUUGCAAAAGUUUUGGAGUCUUGUGGUAAAAGCAAGGUAUUCAGGCCACCGAAUCCUUGGCUGAUGGGCGUCAUGGGGGUUUUAUCAGAACUGCAUCAAAUGCCGGACCUUAAGUUAAAUUUGAAAUUCGAAGUUGAAGUGCUUUGCCAAACCUUGAACUUGGAUUUGAAGGAUGUGACUCCUGCUGAAGUGCUGAAAGAUCAAGAAAUUCUUGGAAAGAUUGACCAUCAACUCACAUUCCCUGAAAAAGAAAAACUAGGCUCAGAAAACCAACUUGGACAGACAGCCGCUCCCCCUCCGCCUCUUUUUUCAUAUCAAGAAAUCAACGUAUCUGCUGGAGCAGCCGGCCUUGCUCCAUACAUUCAAAUCAACCAAAAUAUUCCUUUGUUUCAACAAUAUCCUCACCUCAAGCAGUGCAUCAGACCAGCAAUCGAGAGGGCUGUACAAGAGCUUCUCUCCCCUGUUGUUGAAAGGUGCCUCAAGAUUUGCCUAACAACUGUUGAAAUGAUAGUGAAGAAAGAUUUCGCUUUGGACCCUGAGGAGUCCCGAACAAGAACUGCAGCACACCACAUGGCUAGAAACAUCACAGCUGGAAUGGCAAUGAUCACGUGUAAAGAACUGCUGCAGCAAAGUUUGAACAGUCAUAUUAAAAGCAAUCUACUUGCUACUUUACGGGGAGCUAAUGCUCAGCAAAAAGAGCAACUUGAACAUGUGGCAUCAGCUGUUGCUGUGGAUAAUCUAGAACUGGCUUGUGCAUUUAUUCAGAAGUCAUCCGUUGAGAAAUGUUUGAUGGAAAUAGAUAAGUCCUUACUCUCAGAAUAUGAAAUCAGAAAGUUAGCUCGCUCAGAAAGUCGACGAUAUUGUAACACAAAUGUCCUGACUUAUCAAGCAGAAAGGAUGCCGGAGCAAAUCAGAAUGAAGGUUGGAGGUGUUACAUCAAGCCAGAUGAGUGUCUAUGAAGAAUUUGCAAAAUCCAUACCAGGAUUUCUACCUCCUGAGGCAACUGGUGCUCCUGAACCAUUUCCGAAGCCAUUGCAAGAGCCAAUUACGGCUCUUUUUGGAAAUUCUCAACAGGACCCAAAUAUGCCAGAUGAUGUUGUACACAUCCUUGGUAAAUGUGCUGCGGAGAUAGAGCAGCACAUUCACCACAUGGAACAAACAAUGCACCAAAUGAUGAUACCUCCACCGAACCCCCAUCUUGGUCAGCUGCAUAAUCUUCUUGAUAUGGUGGUGAAUGCCAGGGUAACUCGGGAUAAUGCUUCGGCCCUAUCACUUAUUAGAAAGGCCGUUGAAGGCAUUCUGGAGACAAUGCUUCCCACGGACACUGAGAUGGCGCUUCGAUACAAGGACUGUCAUCUUAUUGUUCUUCGAGGAUUUCAAGACCCUCGUGGCUAUGGUCCACUGUGGACAGCAAGACAAGUAUCAAGAGUUUUGGGAGAAUUGCCAGCCGAACUAAGGUUCAAUAUUGAAGGCAUAGAUCUGCUCAUUCGUGCACAUUUGAUCAACGUCGGUCGGGAUUUCGACCCUCUGCUAACUCAGUGGAUUGACGGUGGCCAAAACUUCCGUGCUGUCAAUUUUGCAAUGCAGUUGUGUCGACUGUAUCUUCUAGAUGAAAAGAACAGGUCCCCGAUAACAGAUAACGAUCUGACCAAUACGUUGGAAGCUCUUUGGCGCGUCUCGCAAGGGAGACAAGGAACCGAGGGAUUGUCAAGCCUCCUUGACAGUGUGCAUCCGCACGUCGGCCUUCAAAAUCAGCAAAGUUUCAUGAGUCAGUAUCAAAAUGAUCCUUUGGAAAAGGGGUCAGUGCCAGGAUUACCCUCUUCUUUGUCUCAAGGAUUAAUUGGACAUGAAUUCGAAGAUCCUCCAGGAUUAUACGAAAAGGUCGACUAUCUUUUGAAAGAAUGGGUUCGCUUGUAUCAUCAUGCUAGUGCUGGCAGAUAUAGUGAAAAAGCGUUUCAGGCUUUUGUGCAACAGCUUCAUCAGUAUGGGAUUCUCAAAACCGAUGAUUUGAUAACUCGGUUUUUCCGACUGUGUACAGAGAUUUGUGUCAGUAUAACGUACAAAGCCCUAAACGAAUACGCCCAGAACAUAUCGCAAGCAAGAACAAAAUGCUUCACAAAUACAGAUGCAUACUGUCGACUAAUUGCCUUACUGGUAAAGCACUCAGGAGAUGCCCAAAACAACAUCACAAAGAUAAAUGUUUUGAAUAGGGUCCUUGGCAUUAUAGGAAACGUAUUGCUUCAAGACCAUGAAUUGCGGAAAGUCGAUUUUCACCAGCUUCCAUACCAAAGAAUGUUUGUUAUUCUUUUGCUCGAGCUCAACGCACCAGAGACGGUUUUAGAAGCGAUCAAUUUCCCAGUUUUAUCAUGCUUUGGAAACGUUCUACAUGAUUUGAGGCCGUCUCGUGCUCCAGGCUUUGCUUAUGCAUGGCUCGAACUGGUUUCUCACCGAACAUUAAUGUCCAAACUGCUCCUGAAUUCACCACAGCAAAAGGGAUGGAUAAUCUAUCACCAGCUUUUGAUUGACCUCUUCAAGUUUUUGGCUCCAUUUUUAAGAAAUGUCGAACUUGCGAAGCAGACUCACUUAUUGUACAAGGGAACGCUUCGCGUCCUACUGGUCUUGCUACAUGAUUUCCCAGAAUUUUUGUGCGAUUACCACUUCAGUUUUUGCGAUGUCAUUCCCCCUAACUGCAUCCAAAUGAGAAAUCUGAUUCUUAGUGCCUUCCCAAGAAAUAUGAGAUUGCCUGAUCCAUUCACACCCAAUCUUAAGGUUGAUUUGUUGACAGACAUUGCUAGACCACCAAGAAUACUUACCAAUUUCGCUGCUGCUAUCCAGCCAAGUAACUUCAAAAAGGACUUGGAUUCAUACCUUAAGACAAGAGCACCGGUCACGUUCCUGUCUGAGCUUCGGACAUAUCUGCAGGUUUCAAACGAGCCGGGAACCAGAUACAAUGUCGCUUUAAUGAAUGCCCUCGUCCUGUAUGUUGGCACUCAAGCAAUCGCAUAUAUUCAGAGCAAAAGCGGAACGCCAUCCAUAUCAACUAUAACCCAUUCAUCACACAUGGACAUUUUCCAGAAUUUGGCGGUUGAUCUUGAUACUGAAGGGCGUUACUUGUUCCUGAAUGCAAUAGCAAAUCAGCUGAGGUAUCCUAACAGCCACACGCAUUAUUUCAGCUGCACUCUGCUGUAUUUGUUCGCUGAAGCCAAUUCUGAGGCUAUCCAAGAGCAAAUUACCAGGGUGCUCCUUGAAAGAUUGAUUGUGAACAGGCCACAUCCCUGGGGACUUCUAAUUACAUUUAUUGAGCUGAUCAAGAAUCAUAAUUACAAGUUUUGGAACCACGAUUUUGUUCACUGCGCUCCUGAAAUAGAGAAGCUCUUUGAAUCAGUCGCUCGUAGCUGUAUGCAACAAAAGCAACCUAACCGAAACGGAAGUGACUCCCAAGAAUAAUAAAGCUGGAAGACCUACUAUUGUAAAACAAUUUUCAGUCAGUUAUCUAUCCGUACAAGCGCUUCUUUAUUUUUUCAGUGCUCUGUAUGCAGGUUACUUGAAAGUAGUUUCAUUAUGAUGACUCGUGUCAUUUUU